AAAAAUAAUGCAUAUGUAAAAAAAAGUUUGCUAGAUUUACGCUGCUUAUUAAGGCGGAAACGCGUCGUCACAGUCUGUGAAAAGGGUAUGUUGGGGUUUGAUUGUUUUUAAAAAUACAAAAAUUAAGCGCAAUGACGUUCUUAGUCAUUUACAAAUGCACAUCAAACCUGACGCCCCAACGUGUGCUUAGUGCGCAUGCGCGAUGUGAUGCACGUGACAUAUUCUGCAAAAUGCUACAUCUGUGGAGUUGAGGAUAAAGAAAAUAUAUACUUUCAUCGCAGUUAUGCACGUUCCACAGAGCGUGUAGAACCGAUAAACUCGGUAUCAAUUGGUAUGGCGGCGCAAUAUCAGGAAAAAGAAACAGAAGCCUGACAACCACUGGAGAUCAGGGACACAAUGUACUUCUGAAUCAAACAUAAUGCUGUAGAAACUCUCAUCCACUAUCAUGCUGAGUCGCCUUCAGGAGCUCAAGAAGGAAGAGGAGACUCUUCUGAAAAUAAAAGUCAUGCUGCAAGAUCAGCUGAAUAGGCUUAAGUUUGAGGAGGGGACCCUGAAGUCAAUUAUCAAUGCUCAGUCUGAAGAGAGCCCUGAUGAAGCCCCUGCUCCUGAGGUUGAAGUCAACCUAGAUGACGAGAGUGAGAUCAACCAGACCAAACUAGUAUUGGGUGCUCCAACCGACUACGACAUGGAAGAAGAGGAGGAAGAUGAUGAAGAUGAUGCAGAUGAUGACCUCGAAAUGGUGCCAGAAGAUGAAGAGGAAGAUGAUGACUACUGACUAUACCUGGAGAAAGAGAACGUUAUCAUUUAGUCCCAUUUUUUAGGUCUGUAAUGUGCACGUAUGGCAUGCUGAAAGAUGUUUGCGUAAAGAGACUAUAACUGUCUUUCUGUCUUAGAUCGGUGUUGCUUUAGAUAAACCUUGGGCUCACCCAUCUAUAGAAUCAUCCAAAAAAUACAAAAUGAAGUGUAGCACAAAUUCAAAUCCUCUUCUUACUGUGCUGUUGGCCACGCCUGCACUGUUAUGUAUUUUCUAAAUACAUGUAAAUUAAAGAUUGCACCAAUCAUAGUUCAUGGUGUUUACCCAGUGAUGCUGUACUAUUUAGGCUAUAAUUCAUAUUGUAUUGUAUUGCUUUGAGAUCGAAUGCAGUAUGAUUAUUAAGCUGAUGGUUAGUAUUAUGUAUGUAAACCAUGUGUUCAUGUUGUGAACUUGCAGAAGUAUUUUUCUAUUUAGAAGAGCGAUUGUGAGGAAUAAGUUGAAUACAUUCAUGGGCAUGAAAGUUGUUCUUGCUGAGCCAGUAUUAUAACUUUUUUUACUUCAUCUGUAGCAGUGUUAAUGUACAAAGGGUCCCUAUGUUUUCUUAGAGAUUUUCAAAAACAUUUGUUCAGCAGAUUUUGAAGGUGCUCAAUGUAAGUAAAGUGGAAUUGGAUUUAAAAACAUUUUAACAUUGUACAGAGUGAUGCUUAUUGAUGUUUUUCCAAGAAAAACAGUUAAUGUUGGUUUAGAUGCACAUUCAUUGUCAAUUGCCUUGAUGUGUAGGUAUGAUGUAAGGAUUACCAUGUACCUCCUAGAAGGUAUAUGGUAAUAAAGAUGAGUGCAAUUUGUGAUGA